AUGCAGGGAGCGGCGUUACUUGCCGCGGCGUUGGCCGCCCUGAGUCUGUUGCAGGGGGUUCCCCUUAGAGCGGCGGCACAGAGAGCUGUCAACCAGUUCCCAGACGACUUCUACUUCGGCGCAUCCACUGCCUCCUACCAGAUCGAGGGCGCUUGGGACGAAGAUGGCAAGGGAGAGAGCAUCUGGGACCACAUGCUGCACACGCAGCCCAACCUGACGGCCGACGGCCUUAACGGCGACGUGGCGGCCGACUCGUACCACAAGUACAAGGAGGACGUGCAGGCGCUGGUCGGACUCAACGCGAACGUGUACCGCUUCUCGCUGAGCUGGCCCCGCAUCCUGCCCACUGGAGACACAGACAACAUCAACCAGGCGGGCAUAGACCACUACAAUGACGUCAUCGACGAGCUGCUGGCCAACGGCAUCCAGCCCAUGAUGACGCUGUACCACUGGGACCUCCCCCAGGAGCUGCAGAAGCUGGGCGGCUGGCCCAACAUCGUCCUCGCAGACUAUUUCGUCGAGUACGCUCGCAUCGCCUUCGAGAACUUCGGAGACCGGGUGAAGCUGUGGCUGACGUUCAACGAGCCGGACAUCUUCUCCAUCGGCUACUCGACCGCCAAUGGCCUGGCGCCCGGCGCCAAUUCGUCCGGCAUAGCCGACUACCUCAUGGCCAAGACCAUCAUGCUGGCGCACGCGCGUGUCUACAAGCUCUACGAUGAGCAGUUCCGUGAGGCUCAGCAAGGCAGGGUGGGGAUCACCCUGGACUGCGACUGGUACGAGCCCCUCACCAACAGCACGGAGGACGCAGACGCCGCCGAACGACAGCUCCAGUUCCAGCUGGGGAUGUACGCACACCCCAUCUUUUCGGACAGCGGCGACUUCCCGGAGGUGGUGAAGCAGAGGGUGGCGGCCAACAGCGAGGCAGAGGGCCGCACCAGGUCACGGCUGCCCACACUCUCCCAGGAGGAGAUAGACUUCAUCAAGGGUACCGCUGAUUUCAUGGGGCUUAACCACUACUCAACUUCGCUAGCAACAUCAGGACUAAAAGGCUCAAUCCCAUCCAAGGAUUACGACACGGGCGUCAUCACGUCGGCCAUCGAAGGCUACCCGACGGGAGAAGGAAUGACGGACGUGCCGUGGGGCCUGCGCAAGCUGCUCAACUGGGUGCACGAGAAGUACCCCGGCUACCAGAUCUUCAUCACGGAGAACGGCUUCGCUGACCCUCCAGGCGUUCUCAACGACACGGGCCGCAUCCACUACCACAGGGGUUACCUCUCGGCCGUUCUGCGAGCCAUCAACGAGGACGAUGUACCGGUGAUCGGCUACAGCGUCUGGGCUCUCAUCGACACUCUAGAGUGGAUGAGUGGAUACACGAGGAAGUUCGGCCUGUACAACGUGGACUUCGACGACCCGGAGCGGCCGAGGACGGCCAAGGCGUCGGUGUCGGUGCUGGGGCAGAUCUACCAGAGCAAGGAGGUGCCGCUGCAGGACUUCGAGGACGCGGACACCACGCCGCCCGUCCUCUGACCAGCUCUCCCUCUGCA